UAGUAUUCCUACAUUCUGCGAUUGAUCAUUGCUCCGGUAUUAAAAAAGUAAUAGGCAGCGUCUGUUGGUGUUCAGAUCUUAAUAUUUGUUGUAAAGAAAGUAUCUUAUAGAUCUAAUAUAGUUGAAGAAACUCCUGAAGCUGUGAGAGAAUGUCGACGGAUUUUUAUAUACGCUACUAUGUGGGCCACAAGGGUAAAUUUGGUCAUGAAUUUCUCGAGUUUGAAUUCAGGCCGGAUGGCAAAUUGAGGUACGCAAACAAUUCCAAUUACAAAAAUGACACGAUGAUUCGUAAGGAAGCAUACGUUCAUAAUUGCGUCAUGGAGGAACUUAAGAGGAUAAUUCAAGACUCUGAAAUAAUGCAAGAAGAUGAUUCUUUGUGGCCACAACCUGAUAGAGUCGGUCGACAAGAGCUAGAAAUUGUUAUUGGGGACGAGCACAUUUCAUUCACAACAUCCAAAACUGGUUCACUUCUGGACGUCAAUCAAUCCAGAGAUCCUGAGGGUCUACGAUGCUUCUACUACCUCGUACAGGACCUCAAGUGUCUUGUAUUCUCUCUCAUUGGACUUCACUUCAAAAUAAAACCUAUAUAAAAAAGUCGCUUAAUGUAUACCCUUUCAAAUUAUGCUUAUAUAAAAUGUAUCUUCUUCUACAACUAAAGUAAUGUAAAGAUCAUUUUAUUUAUAGAUGCUACAUUUUGUAUACGAUCAUUAUUCCAUGUUUGUAAGCAAUAAAUGUUUCAAAUACCAAUUAA